UGGACUCGGGCUUUGGUCACGCCGAACGGAGCAACCGGACGCAUUUAUAAAUCGCGAGGAUGCUCAUCGACAACUAUACGGUGACGUACACGAUGCAGUGACGAUAUAUAAAAGUACAGCGCGAAGUGUCGGUAGUUUCGUCUCUUGAAGGAUCACGUGAUCCAGCUAGCGUGUUGAGCGGAUCGAGAAGGACGGUGAUAAAAAUUGAGCCGCGUGCGGGAGGCCGAGGGGAAAGGAAAAGAAAGCAACCCUUAAGCAGCCCUUUUUUGGUAUUAUCGCGCAUCUCCUCGUUAUCGACGUGAUCCGUCGAGAUAUCGCAGAUAGUGACGGGAGUUAUCUUCUGGCUUAGUAGCUCCUUAUAAAAUAUCCUGCCAAAUACGAUAACUCUCGGCGGAAGUUGUUAUACGUGUAUUUUUCAGUGACACUCUUAAAGCAAAAGUUCUCCUUCAAGUUGCAGCACGACGCUCUAGUCGGCGCUUUAUCGAUCGUUGUAAAUUGGAUUUGAGGCUUGCGCUACACAGUCACCCUCUACUUUGAGAUUCAAAAGAAACGCGCGUCGCUUGGCUACUAGACUGUACUGCAUGUACUGCAGCGAAUCGAGAGCUUUUUUCUUUCGAGAGCUACCUGUCAAAGUGAACGUCAUAAUCGACGAUAAGAGGUCGUAAUUGUGAAUCUUGGUAACGGCGUGCAAUUUUGGUAAAAUUCUUUUUUUUUCAAAUUCGACCGAAUAACGCGAUCCGGAUACCUCGGAAUGAUCUGUAAGAACGGAGAUCGUGAUUAACGAAAGCGUCCCGACGCCCGUAACGAGUUACGCGUCUCUGGCGAUUGGCGCAUCUGAUCGCGUGUGCAUGAAUGAACUCUACGUGGAAGUGUUGACACAUCUCAACGGUCACGUAUCACACAGAGCAAGAGGAUGCACCUAGAGGUGACAGUGGCUCUGGCCAUUGCUUGCCUGGCGGGCGUGGUAGGAGCAGCCACCCUUGCAUCCCUCUCGCCCCUCGAUCAAUACUCCCCGCAACACGAGGGCUACCCUCUCGAACCUCGAGAGAUUCCGGAACAUCCAAACUGGAAGGAGAAUGAGGAUGAUGCUGGGAUCGACUCGAUGGUCCAGUCUGCUCACUUUAGAAACGGAAUGAAGAUCGGUAACGAUUUUAUCGCAACUCCGGAGGAUCGUGAACUCAACGUUGAUGAAUUGGCCGAGGAGAACGAGAGGACGUUAUCCGCAGAGGAGGACGAUUUUGUGGGGGACGAUAACUUCCAGGAUCAGGGUCCUGGAUCGGUGGAAGUUUACAAGCUGGAUUUAGCGAGGGACAAGCCCUUACUGAGUCCGCCGAUUCCGAAGAUGCCCUUUUUCCGUUCGAAGAGUAAAACACCGAAGAAGGCAUCCUUCAACGAGACGAGCUGGAAGCCGAAGAAUAUUCCUGAAUCAAAGAUAUUAAAUCCAAAGAUUUUUGUGGAACCACCCUACGAGCAAUUCGGAAUAGGCGGCGUCCCGGAGCUUCAGGUGGGUUGCGAAGGUCUGGAAGCGUCCUACAGAUCAAAAAGAUCGUCGGAAAGAAAGGAGGGUCGGAUCAGAGAUGAAAAUGAGAUGAAUCCAAUGAGUCCCGUCACCGCGCUUGACCUUGACUUGAAUUACGAUUCCUACGAAGAUGAAGGCUACGAGGAUGAACUAGUGAAAAUUAAAAUGGCCGAGUCUAGCACUAACAGUCCCUCGAAUAAGAAGAACAGGGGCGACAUUGAACCCGGUCUUGCUGAUCUCGGCGGCAGGAGACCUCGUCCUGAGAACCUACCGAAUCGCGGGGAUCUGGGUCCUGUGAGUGGAGCAUUCUUGGAAUCAAUCAACGCGAUAGACAGCAAGGGUACCAAUGCAGCGCAAUCACAGGGUGCAGCCAGGACGGAGAAUCCCUACAACGCUCCGGUAAGUCGGCAACAGGGUUUGUCCCCGGUAGAAGGUCCUUCAGGGUACAGUGGAGGCUCUCGCAAGCUUCUGUCAGUCGAGAGCGACGACGAGAAGGACCUUCUCGAAGAAGACUAUCCAAAGCGUGUGGAGCGUGAGGUCCUCUGGGGAUUCGACGAGGACGAGGGUGCGAUUACGAGCAAGGAGUUGGAGAUCCGGAAGAGAAAGAAAAAAGAGAAUGAAUUUAGGAAGCGAGAGCACGAGAGCCGAAUGGAGGAGACAGCCCUGAGACACCGAGAGAAUCGGACAGAUCAUGGUCCUGCCAGGGAGAAGAAGCGAUUACAGACGACAGGAGAAGUCUCGAAUUCCAGGCAAACGUACGACAGGGCAUUGGAGAGGCAACGGAGGAGACAUAGGGAUAAGGCAAGAGAACGCGAGGAUCAAGAGAGGCGAAGAGCUAGUGAUAGGCUAUCCGAAGAGAAAAGAAGAAGAGAGGAAGAAGAUGCGAGAAUGGAGGCUAGAAGGAAAUGGCAGGAGGAGAAGCGUGGAGACGAAGAGACCAGGGCCCAACGCGAGGGGACGACUGAACGUGGACGAGUGGAAGAAGAGGAACGCAGAAGACAGGAAGCUGAGAGCAGAAAAGAAGGACCGUCCAAUCUUGUUCGUUCCGCGAGCAGAGAGUCGGAGGAGAGACGUGAGCGUAAAUUGCGGGAGUACGUGAGGAAGAACACGCCAAUGAUAGUCGACGCCAGACGACAGAAGGAGAAGGACAGACAAGAAGCAGAGGAACAGAGGUUGCAGGAGUACAUAAGAAGGAUGCAGCCGGUCGAUGUAUCCGGAAGAGACAGUAGCAGACUCGCGCAGGAAUAUCAGGAGAGGAAGAGAAUAGCGGACGCUAGAACGUACCAACCGAAUUAUCCGACUAAUGGAAGACGCAGCCACGGUCCGUCAGCGCCGACUAACGUCCCUUCCCGGGCGUCCUCGAACCAGGUCCAGCGCAGGCAGGAAGCCAGACGUCUCGAGGAGGAGAGGCGCAGGAUCGAGAGACAAAGGUUCCUCGAGGAAAACGAGAGCAGGAUGGCCCGCAGAAGAGAGGAGGCACGCAGGCGUUACGAGGAGGACCGAAAGAGGCUGGAAGCUGCGAGAGCUCAGGAAGAAAGGAGGAGGCAGGAAGGGAUCUCCGAGAGGACUGUGCAGGGUAGAGGAAGGGGACGGGAACCGAGUGAGGCACCAGCCAAUUCGAUCCUGACCAGGGGCAGGAGUGCUCAGGAACUCGGGAGGAGACGACUGGAGGACUACGAGAGCAGGGUAAAGGAGGAGAUCAGAAUGAACUCUCUACCAGUGAGGGCAAGGGUAAUAAUUCGCCCUUCGACCGAAGCUGCGUCGAAUUCUCCGAGAAUUUCAAGUAGAAAUAAUUUCGAGAAUGGUAUUGAUUUCCAGGGUAUCAAUCCAAAUCGUCAAGGAUUGGAGGCAGCACGAUUCCCAGUGCCAGCUACUAUCAGACCACCUGUCAAGAGUCCUAGUCCCUGUGUGUGGGCGAUUCUACAGUGUUGUCCUUCAAACAAUCGCCUGACGAGUUGCUUCGAGUCCAUGGGAUGUCCUGGCGUCAAUUGGGAUCCGAAUCCUUGCAGAGGAUCCAUAAUUCAGGAUGCGCAUUCAGAAAUAAUGAAAUUUUACGAACUUGAGAACAGGCACUAGAGAGUCAAAGAGAAAAGCAAUUCAAAUUGUCUAUAUAAUUGAAAAGAAAAAAAAAAAAAACAUUUUAAAGUUUAAAGUAUCCAAAGCAUUUCGUAGCAACCGACAUAAUUUCUGAUCUACUCUGAUAUUGUAAACAAGACACAGGAAGAGACAACAUUUGUUGUUGUCACUACUGCCUUCUUUUUGUAUACCACUGUACAGUUAAUAAUCACGACGCUAGUAUUAAUUCCUGAUCUAACAAGAGCGGCUGUACGCGUUGCUCUGCCGUUAAUGAAUUCGUUUAAACUCUAAUUCUCUUUCUUUUUGCAUUUAGUCGCCGAAAUAUAAUUCACAGCUUUCUCACGUGUAAUGUAGAUAGACCAGUUUGCUUCGACGAGCAGUCAACAAUGUAAUAUAGUAGAUAUUUAUGUAUGUACUCAUCGUGUUCCAUUUUAUUGGAAUAAAUUUCUAUAUGUGCUAUGUAA